AUGAGCAGCCCGCCGGACGCAUUCCAGAAGCUGCUGCGCGCCUCUCAGCGGCAAGGCUCGGCAUCGCAGGCGUCGCAGGCAACAAAAGGCACGCCAGCCCUCAAGAGGCCACGCGUUGAACAGCAGUACGGCACAUGCCCUGUCUGCAGCGCCACUGUGCCGCUGACAUUCCUGGAGCUGCAUGCCUCCGACUGCUUGGGGCCAGGCGCCUCUCAGCCCUCAGCAGCAGCGGCGGCCGGCAAGCGCGCGGCCGGCGGGACGCCUGGCAGUGCUGGCGGUGGAGGCCGCAGUCUUGCAGGCAGCGGCGUCGGGCGCACCCGGGGCGGCAGGGGCGGCCCCGGCUCCGCCGUCACGCCGGCGCCGCGGACCCCCAACCCCGGGUUGCGCGCGCCGCCUUUCACACCAGCCACCCCCGCGGCGGCGCCUGCGCAGCAGCAGCAGCAGCAGCAACAACAACAACACCAGCAGCAGCAGCAGCAGCACCAGCACCAGCAGCAGGAGCGGCAGCAGCCGGCUUCGCCUGGGGAAACCGACCGUGCGCUCGACGACGGCGCGGGCCACAGCCCGUCCCAAGCGGCCACAGCUGCCCCGGACGCGUCCACCCAGCGCAACGCAUUCGAUGUGCUGGCUCGCGCCCAAAGGGUCCUGCAGCAGGUGCACGUCUUCUUCCUUGAUGCACCCCCUGCCGGCGGCCGCCCCCGCGCGCGCUGGUGGCUCAAGGGCGGCCCAGACGCGCCCCGCGACGCGCCCGACGCUGCGUGGACCGGGUCUUGCGGCCUGAGCCUGGGGCGCGGCGGCAAGGCGCAGGUGGUGAUCGCAACGGAUCUGGAGACUGGCGAUGGCGUGGAGGUUGGCUGGGGCAACCCGGCCCUGGCGAGCAACCCCGGAGGCGGCGCUAGCAGCGGGGACGGCGGGGGAGCGGGUGCAGGCGCGGCGGCGCAGGCGGGGGCGCCCGGCGCGGGCGGCGAGCCGCGCAAGGCGGUGGUGAGCCUGCUGAAGAGCGCGCUGCAGAAGAACGUGCGGCUGGGGCGCCACGAGCAGGCGGUCAGGGUGGCCGCUGCGUUGCUGAAGGAGGAUGCAGGGGAGCUGCUGCGGCGCCUGGCGGUGAUCUGCUUGGAGGAUGGUCUGCUGCACCCGCAGCUGCCGCUUGUCUGCUGGUGCAUGGCCGCGGUGUCCAAGGGCUACCUCGUGGGUGGCACCCUGGCCAACGAGCUGCUGGCGGUGGUGCAGCAGCUGGCGGCCUGCCCUGUCAGGGACCACCUACCACGCAACACUGGCACGUGGCGCACCCCGGCCAGCCUGUCCGACGUUGACGGGCAGCUGCCCGCCCACCCCGCGGAGGGUGCGCUGGUGAAGGCGCUGAUGCUGCGCAACGCGUUUGGGGGCAUGGACUCCGACAAGGACCUGCUCACGCGCUAUGCGGGGCUGUGGCUGGCGCGCUUCCUCGGGCUCGCCGCGCCGCCGCCGCCGCUGCCGGCGCCGCCGGCGCAGGAGCAGGCAGGAUCGGAUCCCCCCAAGCAGCAGCAGCAGCAGCAGCAGCAGCAAGGCGUCAGCGGCGGUGGCGCCGGGGGCGGCGGCGCGAGCCCCUGGCUUUCAUUCCUGUCGGAGUGCUACAGCCCCGCACGGCUGCCGCCGGGCGUGCGUGCGCCGCGCGUGACGCUCGUGGCGCCGCUCCAGCGGUGA